AUGGCUUGGAUUUUGCGUUCUGAGAGAUUGAAUCGAUUGAAACAUGCUGCCAGCAUUUCUUUAUCUGUGGAUGAUCGUGGUGAGUACCGUCUUGUUCGGUAUCGGUGCAGCUAUGACUCAAUGCAAAGCUUCACUUUAGCAUGCACCAGUGAUGAAAAGCAACGGCUGCCAACCAUCACAAUGCAGUCCAAGCUGGAGGAUUGGUGCUCUGUGCAGCCACUGGUGCAUGAGGGUGUUCUUGCUGUCAUUCAAUCUGGUGGCAAUGUGAAAUCCAAUACCAUUCAGUCACAUGACCAAGACAAAAGUGAACGCAUGGCUGCAACGAUCAUGGAAGGCCUCAAGCAAUGCUGCAGAAAUGUCGACAAUCAGUUUGACCAGGAGUCCUUCUUCCAGAUUUGUGCCAAGGUUCAGCACUAUUGCUCGGACCAGGGGUCGAGUGCGCACAAGUGCGGCCAGCUGCUGGCGUGCAAAGCAGAGCUGCGUAGCUUUGUGUGGGUGAGCUGUGAUAUGGCACAUCAAGUGCGCAUUGCGAGCAAAGACCCUCUGCGUGCAAAUGACAACUUUAAUGAGCAAUGGCUUCGGUUGUUUGGUGGAAAGCAUGCGCUGGUUCCAGACAUUCAGCAUUCUGAUGUGUGGAGGGCCAGGUUGGUGGCAGCGCAGAGAGUUGUCCUGGAGCAUCGCUCAGCGGUCAAUGCGGUCCCAGCGGUCCAAGCAGCUCAAGAUGCCGUGGCAGACCCAGACGGUUCUCCGGCCAUGUUGCAGGUUGAGAAGGAAAGAGGCGCCAAAGAUGUUCGCCUUCGCGCGCAAGCAGCUCUGCAAGCAAUGACACCGACCAAUUUGUUCCGCUGCGGAUUGACCUGUGACUAUGCAACUGAAUGCCUGGUGUUUUUGCGAAAGCACUGUGACAUAGACGAUCCCGAUCCUGCCCAGACUGGGCAGCUGGUUGAGUCUUUUUGCAAGAGAAUGCACAGCCUCUUUGUGAGCGGCUAUGUCCUAGGAGACGCGAAGACUGUACAAAGGGGCACCUUGCUUGACUCACCUGGAUGCUCAGUGACGCAGCUGGUUUUUGAGCAAAUUGACACCCCUGAGCCGCUCCUCGUCUCAUGUAUUGGGUUGUUUCACAUGCCAGUCAUGUUUUGUAGUUUUUGGCCAUUGCCUUUAAUGGCUUGUAAGGAUCUAUUUUGGCUCCAAAGUGCAUUACCUUUGCACCAAAGCAGGCGUGCAAGACAUCCGCAACCUCAUGGCUGA